CAAUGUCUUUAACAAAGUAGGAUUACAUGACGCGUUUGACAAAAACCUAUCAAUAUGAACCGAAUCUUGAAAAAGAAAAGGAAGGAGGGUGAACAUUUUAACAAAAGCUCAAUGAGGGAUGCUCUACGAGCCCCAAAAUCAUUACCCAACAUUCACCAUACAACAUAUAUAACAAAAGCUCUACCUAGAACAUCCAAAAAAUCAAAAGCAAUCAACAAGAAACGAGGAUAAACUCCGACGGUGCAAACAUGAGACCACGCCACCACGUGGUCUCUGUGAGUUCUACUCCUUAACUCGAUCACACCACAUCAUGAUGUUUCCACGUGAUCUGCACCACCACAUUCACACGAGCACACCAAAUCACACUGUCUCCAAGUGAUCUGUGUUACCACAUUCUUAACUUCACACAGGCACACCACAUGUCCGCUCCAGCAAUUAAUCAUGCAACAUCACAAGGUUUCCACAUGAUCUAACAAGAAUCAAUGCAACGCCCGAGAUGUACAUACCUCCAUCACGUUCCACCAACACACAUAGGCCUUAAGCCAUGUCAUAUAUCAUAUACACUACCCACAUAUGCUUCCAGGCAAUGCAAACACCCACAUACAAGUCUAAAUCAUAAUACACCAUAUUCCUUUCAGCAAUCUAUGAGUAGAUCUAGGUGUUCACAUAUUACAAUACAAUAUAUAUAUAUAUAUAUAUAUAUAUAUAUAUAUAUAUAUAUAUAUAUGUGUGUGUAUAUAUGUGAUAUAGUUCACUUAUCAAAAAUAUGUGUAUGCUUAUAGAUAACAUGUAAGUAUGAAUGUUGCCAAUAGAAACUUUCACUAUGAAGCGAGAAUGAAACCAAAUCUACAAGAGAAAGGAUUGAUGCUACCACCUUGGCCUUAGAUCUGCCAAGGGAAGGGAAGGAAGAAGCCGAUCAACAACAUAAGGCUUUCAUUAAACCAGAUCUACAAGAGAAAUGAUUGGUGCUACCACCAAAAGAACUGGGAAGAGAGAUCUAAGAUAAAAGAGAAAAUGAGAUGGAGAAAACGAGAACUAGGGUUCCUUACCUCUCUGGUGACCAGAUCUAGAGAGAAGACAAGAAAGAUCUAGAAAACGAGAUAUAUUGGUUAGUUGUGGUGGAUUUCCAAUGGCUUCGAUUCAUCUCAAUUAGCACGAGAAUACUCAAAGGAGACCACGACACGACAGCAAACUACAAUCUUCUCCUUUAAUUAGACUCAUGCAAAUAUUACAACAUUAUAGAUUCAAAUAUAGUAGAGUCGUGGAACACAUAACUCAAAGAAUCAUGUUAGUUCUCUAUAAUGUUCAUGUUCAAGUAUGGUGUCUCAUCUGAAUUAGAAAUUAAAUUAUUCAAUAUAAACGUAUAAUAUGACAUAAAUUUGAAAAUCCGAUUCUCUUUAUCUAAUAUGAUAUAUCAGAAUUUAUAUAAAUAUAUUUUCAAAUUAAAAAAAUAUAUAUAUAUAUAUAUAUAUUUUUUGUACAGAAAAUAAGAUGAUUAUAUAGGUAAAUUAUAAAUCUAAAUAAUUGUUUUUAGGUGACUGAAAGUAGUAAACAAUAAAGGGGGAAUCAUAUUUAAAAGAAAAAACAAAUUACACAGUAAGAGUAAUGUGACAAUCUCUAUAAUAUUAUUUGAGAAAUUAAUUUUCUACAUGUCGAGCUCACAUUAAUUCUAAUGAUAUUUAAUUACACUGGUAUCUUUAAUGAAUCAAGUAUAUCUAAUUACCAUUAUUAAUCAUUCUAUUUUAUUUUAUUUUUACUUUUUAUUUAAGUUUCUUUUUUCUUUAAAUUCUUCAAAUAACUUAAUAAUAAACAAUAUUUAUAAAAUUUAAAACCGAAAAUAAUAUAUAAUGGAAUUCAUAAAAAGGGAAAGUACACAAAAUAAUCUUUAUUUUGAAGUAAAUAAAUAACCUAUAUUUUAAAAGAUAAAAUUAAACAGCAUAAUAUAUAUUUUACAAUUAAUAAGUAUUUUAUUUAAAUCAAUUUAUUUCUCAAACUAUUACAAAAUAAUAAUUUAAAUAACAUAAACUAAGAUAUCUUUAAUCAAUUAAAAAAAAUUUUAUUGAAGUUUCUUUUUAAAAUAAUUUCCAAAUAACAUAUAUAAUAAAGCAAACAUUUAUAAAAUUUUAAACGCAAAAUAUUAUAUAUUUGAUGUGAUUUCAUAAAAAAAAUUUACUAUAAUAAUCUUAAUAUUAAAGUAUAGAAAUAUUCUUCCAUUUAAAAAUUUAUCGGUUAUGUUUUAAUGCAACUUCGUAAUGAUCAUUACUUUAUUUCUUCUUGUUUUAUUUUUGUUAUAAUUUUUUUGGUUAUAGUCCUACAGAUGCAUAUUUCCCAAAAGUCAAUCACCGUUGAAAAGGCGUCGCUUUUGGUUGGGUUUCCCUCUCUUCUCGUUCCCAUGUCUCCCUCCCUUCCUUUGGUUCAUGUUUGAAUUUAAGUUUUCAUCAUCACAUACCAAAUCUAAAGACGUCAACAAAAAAUAAAAUAUCAGAAACAAAAAGUCAAAUACAUUUCAAAGCAAUUUCAAGUUUUCUUAAUUUCUUUUUUUUUUUCUUAUAACUGAAAUUUGAAAUAGGAGCGAAGGAGAGAUAAUCUCUAGUUUACAUAAACGACGAGGGUGAUGAAUCUGAGUGUAACUCUACGCAUCUUUGCGGCGGUGUCCAUGGCCGUGAUCCAAUUAGCUUCGUGUAAUUUCGUGUUUAAUGUGACGCAUAAGUUCGCCGGAAAAGAUAAACAGCUAUCGGAGCUCAGAUCUCACGACAGCUUCCGUCACGCUAGAAUGCUUGCCAACCUUCAUCUACCUCUCGCCGGGGAUAGCCGAGCUGAUUCAAUCGGAUUGUACUUCACGAAGAUCAAGCUUGGAUCACCGCCAAAGGACUACCAUGUUCAAGUUGACACAGGAAGUGAUAUACUUUGGGUCAACUGUGCACCUUGUCCUAAAUGUCCAGUCAAAACUGAUCUCAAUAUACCUCUGUCCUUGUACGACUCAAAAGCUUCCUCCACAUCCAAGAAAGUUGGGUGCGAAGAUGAUUUCUGCUCCUUCGUCUCACAACCGGACGCUUGCGAACCCAUGAAGACAUGUAGUUAUCAUGUUGUGUAUGGAGAUGGGAGCGCAAGUGAUGGAGUGUUCGUCAAGGAUAACGUUACCCUGGAUCAAGUCACUGGAAACCUCCGAACUGCACCUCUUUCCCAGGAAGUCGUGUUCGGGUGUGGAAGCAAUCAAUCUGGACAACUUGGGAAGACUGACUCUGCAGUUGAUGGCAUUAUGGGAUUUGGACAAGCUAAUACCUCUAUCAUUUCGCAACUCGCUGCCGCCCGGAAUAAGAAGAGAAUCUUUUCACAUUGUCUAGACAAUGUAAACGGAGGUGGAAUUUUUGCUGUUGGGGAAGUCGAAUCUCCACUAGUGAAGUUUACUCCUUUGGUUCCGAAUCAGUUACAUUACAACGUCAUUUUAAAGGGGAUAGAUGUAGGUGGAGAACCUGUUGCUCUCCCACCAAGCUUAGCUGUUUUUGGCGGGAAUGGAGGAACCAUUAUUGACAGUGGUACAACUUUAGCUUACUUGCCAGAGAAUCUCUACACCUCGCUACUUCAGAAGAUUACUGCUCGGCAACCGAUCAAACUGCACACGGUACAGGAGACUUUUGCGUGCUUCAGUUUCACGUUAAACACAGAUAAAGCAUUUCCGGUAGUCAAUCUUCAUUUCGAGGACAAACUCAAAAUGAGUGUUUAUCCGCACGACUAUCUUUUCUCCCUUCGUAAAGAUUUGUAUUGCUUUGGUUGGCAAUCUGGUGGACUGACGAAUCAGGACGGAUCUGAUGUCAUCCUUUUGGGAGAUUUGGUGCUUUCAAACAAGUUGGUAGUAUACGAUCUGGAUAAUGAGGUCGUUGGAUGGGCAGAACACAACUGUUCGUCAAGCAUCAAAGUGAAAGAUGGAUCAGGAGCUGUUUUCUCAGUCGAAGCAAAUAAUCUCAUAGCUUCGUCUUCUUCUUCUUCGUCCUCUUUGGUGAUUAACUGAACACUUGCAACAUUGUUGUCCAUACUAAUUUCGCUUUUCAUUUCUUUUACUUCAAUUCAUAGUUUUGCUAAAACGAGAUGCAUUGGUUUUUCACAUCUCUUUUACUUCAUAAUUUACAUAACUUACACAUUAUUUGUUUCUAUAACUUUCAAAGUUUUGUGUUACAAAAAAGAAAAGAAAAAACUUCAAAGAUAAAAUAAUAUUGUACUGUUUUGGUCUAACUCUUCCUUGUAGUAAAAUUAUUUAAUGAUCAUUUUUCAGAUGGUAGAAGUAAACUUUAACUGUUGAUAUUUGUAUGUAGGAAACCGGAGACGCAAGAAUUAAAGGAUUUUGAGGCAAAUGCGAAAGAAUUUUUGUUGUUGAAAUUGAGUGAUGUGGAAAACCAGAGCAAGUGGUCUAUAUUAUUUGAUGAUUUCAUAAAAUAAGCAGAGAUAGAGGAACUAGUAGAUUUCAAUAAUGAGUCAACAUUGUGUUUAGAGAAGUUCUUAUCCUUAUCAUAUAUCAUUAUCUUGUUUUCUUAAUUCGAAAUUAUUUUUAGCAUUCUCUUCUUUUUUUUUAGCAUUCUCCUUUUACUUCUAAGGAAUCGGCAUUUAUUAGCAUUUACUUUAGUGAAUUUGUCUAUUACGAUUCAAAGCGCUUCAAAACUCUUUUGAAUAAGUCCGCUUCAUGAUAGGUAUAGGUAGGUCUGGGCGUUCGGGUACCCGUUCGGGUUCGGAUCGGGUUUUUUGGAUUUUGGUUCCGCUUUGUAACACCUCAUAGGUCUCAUUCUAGUAAAUUUACAAGUACGGAUCGGAUUCGGAUAUAACACUUCGGAUUCGGAUAUAACAAUUCGGUUUCGGAUCGGUUCGGAUAUGUCCGAAGUAACCAUAUAUCAUUCGGAUUCGGGUUAUAUCGGAUCGGUUCGGGUAUAUCCAAAGUAAAAUCUAAAAUUUAAAAGUAAAACAUAAGAAAUAUAUCAUUCUUUGUAUAUAAUGGAGUAUUUAAGGUGUUUAUUUAAAUUUUCAAUACUUAUUGUUAGAUAUCAUAUCCAAAUAAAUAUGAAAUUGAAUAUUUGAAGUACAUAUUUAUGUUUCAAAUAUUUAUAUUAUAUAUUAAUUUCGAUAUUCGAAUCGGUUUCUUCAGAUAUUUUUUCGGGUUUUCGGGUUUUCGGGUUACGCGUUCGGGUUCGGUUAAUAACACUUUGGGUUCGGAUAUGUUUUGUAACACCCUAUAAGAUCCAUUGAGGUAUUUUUUAUAUUUCAGAUCAGGUACGGAUCGGGUGUUUCGGUUCGGAUUCGGUCCGGAUUUCGGGUUUUGGAUUUUAUGCCCAGCCUUAGGUAUAGGUGUUCCAGUACGGAGUUGACCAUGUUCUUCACUCCGUAUGAAUGUAAGAUCGCUGUUCAAUUUUAAUAUUUGCCUCCCCCACAUCAUUCCCGGUAAUAACAAGAGGAGUGCAUGAGUCAAUGUGUUACUUAGUGAAGCAUUUCUAGAUCAGUCUCUCUGCAUAAACUUUUAUAGUACUUAAUGCGGAACGAGAUUUGACUAGUCACUAACAAUCAAGAAAUUAACAACCCUUUAAUAUUAACGGAAUGAACUCAGUCAUUACUACUCACAACUUAUAAUUGGUGAUCUAGACCUCUAGACUCAUAAGGACCUAUCGUGUGCGGAUCUGUCUUAAGCCACGAGCGAGCUAAUCGAGCUCCAAUUCGUUUGGUUUGAAAUCGGUUUCAAUCGAUCUAAAUUAGUUUAAUUGAUUAAAAUCAGUCAAAUUAAGUAACAUAAAAGUGAAUUAUGACUAAUGUAGUUAUAUUGUCUUCACCAUCAAUUUGUCUAUAAACAAAAGAUGAUAUUUUUUCUCUCUUCAAUUUUGUUUCUUAAUGUACGUUCAAAAGUUUCUUUGAUACUUUUUAAAUCUUAUUUUUAUAUUUUAUGAAAAUAGUUUUUUAGUUGAACACAAUUUUUAAUAUGUAAUAUAAAUAUAAGAUACAUAAUAAACAUAUAAUUUGUUAAAGUCUAGGCUCUGCCUAAACCUUGAAUAAUCCCUUUAGGCGCUAAUACUAUAUAAAACACUUAAGUAUCGCAAACGAUUUCUUGAACAGUAAGUUUGAGUUAUGCAUUAGUCGAUUGGUGGAAUAAAAUGCUCGUACGAGUAGUUCCUUUUAGCAUAAAAAUAUAAUUAACUUUUAUUAAAAAAUAAUUUAUAUUAUUAUUUACAAUUUUUUUGAUCAAACUUUUAUUAUUAAAAUAACAAAAAUGAUAAGAACUAGCCACGUUUAUUAUUAACUUAAUAAUUAGACAACGAUUAUUUUAAUAUUUCUCAUUAAAAGAACUAUUUUUACAAAGUAUUUGGUAAUAUCGAUAAGGAUCACUAAAAUUAAUGGUAUCGGGAUCGGCGCGCUCUUGUGUGACACACAAAUGGAAGGGAUUUUGAGUUCGACCUCGGAAGUAACUUCAUCUUUGAUUAUUGCACAACCGUGUUUAGUUUUACCUCGUUGGUGAAAAAUUGAUGGUUCAUGGAAAGAUUUUGACUUGUUUGUGGAUCUAAAAUUGUAUACAAGCAAGGAGAUUUUGAAGGUUUGAUCGGUGCUAGGAAAAUUCGAAAAUGUUUAUCUCCUUCACAUUCGGAGUUCAGAGCGUUGAUUUGCGCAAUGAAAUGUAUGAUUAGUUUUUGAAAACUUCAGGUAGCAUUUGAAACAAAAUGUUUGAAGUUGAUGAAGAUGACGUUUACACUAGAAAAUCGGCCCGCAUUCACAGUACAUAUGGAGGAGUUCCGUAGAUGUAGAGGUUCUUUUAGCGUUUUUACAGUCUCACAUAUCGCGAGAGAGACGUAAACAUAAUGGCAUACAAACUUGCAAAGAGUGCACGAAUUCAGCAUACAUUAAUAGUUUAUAUAGAUACGAAACUUCUAGUUUGAAAAUAGUCAAAAUUAGUUUAUUUUCUUUGUUGUCAAAACAAAAAAAUAUAUAUAAAAUUUUAAUACCUAAACACUGGAAUCCGACUCGAACCGAAAAAAUACAUGUAACACAUUUGUAAUACUUAAAUAUAUUAAAUAUAUUAAUUGAUGUAAUAUGUAUAUAUAUAUAUAUAAUUUUAGAUUAACAAAAUAUCCAAUUAGAUUAAAUAUAUAUAUAAAUUAUUUAAAAUACCUAAAAAUGUCCAAACAAUACCCAAAUGUAAUAAAAAUAUAGGCAAAAAUAUGCAAAAACACCAAAACUAGUGUUUUAAAAACCGGACCGGCUAGCGAACCAGAAAUUUUUGGAUCAUGGGUCAUUGUGGUUCGACCGGGACAGAACCGGGUUUGAUCGGGUUUACUUAGAUUUAACUAAAUUUAAUGAUAUUUUAUAAAUAAUAUGCAUAUUAAAAAAAAAUCAUAUCAAAUAAAAUGUUUAGCCAUAAUGUGUAGUAAAACUUAAAAAUAACAAUUACAAUCUAAAAUCAAUAUGAAAAGCACAUUUAAACUUUAUUCUCAAAUCUUAUCACUAAAUCUUCAUCACAUUUUUUUUUAAAAAAUUAUAUACAUAUUAGGUAAAAGUUAUAUUUUGAAAUAAAAAUUUCACAAACGUAAAUGUUUUAAUUAUUUAAAUCUUCAAAACAAGUGACCAUGAAAUGAAAAUAAA